GCAACCGCACACGGUGUUUGUUUGUUUAUUUGCUCCUGGCAUUUGUAACUAACCGAAUUUUACGCGACGAAUUUCCACACUUUCUUCAAUGAAACACGCGCCAACGCUGGGCGCAGUUAAUUUUCUGCUGGUUCGUCAAGGUAUUUCCCAUCGAUUUCCGUUCAGUUUCGGGUGUGCCCGCAGGUUAUCGUCUUUCCCGCGUGCAGAUAAGUUCCGUAUGCAAAUGAAGUGAUUGUUUUUCUUGGCUGGGUGUUUCCGUGGUGUAAGGGAGACGCUAAAAUGUACAUCCUUAAAAUGAAUACAAAAGGAUCAUGUGCUCCCGAUUGCCGAAGCGUCACAACGUAGAACCUGUGUUCCGUAUAGUUUCCCAGCUCUUUGCUGGCCAAUCCGACCUGUCGUCUUCCGUUAGCACUACCGAUCAAAUGGGUGACUUUUACCGAAUGCCUGCCGACACGAUCCACGAACAGGAUGCGUUCCUUCCUGUGAAAAAGCUCCCCAAGCGCCGAGUCCAUCGGAAAUCGCGAUCAAAUGGUGCGGCUCUAAUGCAUUCCGGGACGAUCGUGAGCCGUAGUAAAAGCGUGGAUGAUUUAACAGCACCGGGCGUUGCUUCCGAAUCCGAUACCGAUGAAAAUGCAACAACCAAAAUGAACCGUACGAUCACAUCAGGACACAACACGGAAAAACUAAUUCAAUUGAAGGAUCAACAGAUUGCAAAGUUAAUCAAAAAGCUAACCGCGGUGUUUGAAUGCAACAAUCAGUUUGCAGUUGAACAUGAAAAACUACAAAAGGAGUACCAGCAAGCAGUUCAAAACCUGCGCACACUGGAAACGAUCCAGGCAAAGAGCUGCGACCGUUGCGCAUCGUUCGACGCUGAGCGGAACCAGCUGGCGAAAGAGAAUGGGGAUCUGCGAAACGAUGUAAAAAUGAUGAAGAUUCUGGUGUACCGGUUGAACGUACAGAUCGAACGGUACCAGGACACGAUACGGGACGGGAAGAACAGCAUUCCGAAGCUCGAUUUUGUCGACAGUACGUACGGUGGGGCGAAGGACAAUCUUAACUGGGGACCGGUAAACUCACACACGCUCGGUCCGUUGCUGAAUGCGUACGAGGAAGCGAUCGCCGAGAAGAUGGAUCUUGUGCAGCAGUACGAAUCAGAGCUGGCCAGCUUUACCGGGAAGUUGAAAAAGGUGCUGGAAGAGAAUGAAGCAUUGCAAAAGGCCAACGAAGAAGUGCGUGCCGGGCAAGCGGGCUGGUCGUCGGAAAAGGCACGCCUACAGGCGCAGGUUGACGUGUUGCGAAGUAAAGCGGAAGUGCAGGGCAAACGUGCCGAUUUAGCCAAAGAAAAGUUGGUGGAGGUGUUAAAAUGCUACGAACAAAAAGUACAAGCGCAAAAUUUAGACAUUGAACGACUUCAAGAGGCAUACUCACGCGCAAAAGGUGAGCUAACAUCACUGCGAAAUCUUCACCAAAACCCAGAAGUGGUAGCGGAUAGCCUGAAGGAAUGCCAGAAACUGCUGGAAGAAUUACGAAUGCAGCACACCAACGAACGCACGCGAUCAGCAAAGGAAACGGAAACAAUCAAAGCCGACUUACAGCAGAAGUCAACCGAACUAGAGCAACUGCGCCAAGAUUAUCAACAGCAGCAGCACAUCUUCGAGCGGCAAAAAGAAAUCAAUGAAAUCCUCAUGGGAAAGAAUGCCACACUGAAGCAAACGCUCGAACGCGCCAGACAAUCGAAGGAAAUACUAAAGCAGCGCCUCAAAACGAUGAUCAGCUGGGGCAAAGGAUCGGAACAGCGCAAAGAUCAGCUGCAGGAGUGUUGGCGUAACAUUCGCGCGUUGCAGGAGCAGCUGCAGCAGCGCGAUCUACAGCUGCAAACGCUGCAGCAACGCUUCCAACACGAACAAGAUCAGCUGCAGCGUCGACUGCGCCAGCGGGAAGACACACUGCGUAAGAUAUUGGCCGAUAAGGCACAGUUUACUCACCGUCGUAGUUGAGGCACACUGACACAGAAGUGUGUCCAUAUGUACUAGUCAAAAGGAAUCGCUUAUUACUGAAAUAUAACGAAGGAUAUAACGGUGUAAGAAGCUAAACAUAACACAACCCGUUGGUGGCUUGGUUCGUUGUUCGUAUUGCAUAUUGAUCGAUUAAUUUCGGCUCUCUUUUAUU